AAACCAACUACAAUAUCUCACAUGAAAUUUGUUUUAUAUCCCACCUUCAUUCCCUCACUCAAGUCCUUUUUUAUAACAGCGUAGCAUAGUUUUUCAUGUGAAUGCUUGGUGUGUUAACUGUCUUCAUAAGCAACUUCUUUUCUUUUGCGUUUUUGGCUUUGGGGUUGCCCUUUGCUUUGACUAGUGUGGCACUGGCAACUCCAAACAAACAAACAAAAAAAAUAAAAAUUGGCCUUGUAGGUUCUUUUCUUCUUCAAUAUUGCUUCACAGUAGGUUCAUAGGUUUCUGAAUUAUAGUAGCUUUUGUUUUCCCCAAGAAACUUUGACUUUCUGUUUUGCUUUUUAGAAUUUAUUUUUUUUCUUAUAAAUUUGACAUUUUGGCUAUGGUUUGAUUUUCGCAAGUGAGAUUAUAUUUUGUCUUUGGUGUGUUAGAAAACAAUGGGAAAGCUCAGUUUUGGCAAGAUGUUGGAUUGUUUAUAUUUGUCAUCAAUUUCAGGCUCAUCAUGUUCUUGUUUCUGCAUGAACAAUGCUUUGGAUGAUGAGUUUGAGAGGACGACAUUGAUGGUAUCUGAAAAAACCCAGUUGAGAUUGAAAGAUGUUGUUUCUGGCAAGCAAACCUUGGCCUUUCAACUUAAGCCUAAGAUGGUGGUACUAAGGGUAUCCAUGCAUUGCCAUGGUUGUGCAAGAAAAGUGGAGAAACACAUUUCCAAGCUGGAUGGAGUGACCUCAUACAAAGUAGACUUGGAAAGCAAAAGGGUGGUUGUUAUUGGUGAUAUAAUCCCUUAUGAAGUGCUUGAGAGUGUCUCAAAGGUUAAAAAUGCAGAGCUUUGGACUUCUUGAUUAUGAAAUAACUCAUUCCGGUUAGAUAAGUAAUUCGACUCAUAAAUAAUUUUAUUUAUAAAAUAUAAUAUUAUAUAUAUAUAUAAAUCAAAGUUCUUGUUAGCCUUUUUAGAGGAUAGUAAAGGAAGAAACAUAGCCAUCUAGGCCAUUAUGUUACUUAAAAUAGCUAUUAAAAAUACUGUGUAAGCUUAUCCUGGUUUAGUUUUGCUAUUGCAUUUUGCAAAGCAGCAUAACAAUGUUGUAAAUUGUGAUUACUAUUCGGGAUCCUUGUUUAAUUGUAGUUUUAGUCCCUCCAAAAUGUUGAAAUUUGAGA